AUGGGCGACCCGGUCGUCAAGCUCACGCUCCUCGGGAACGGCUCGGUCGGCAAGUCGAGCAUCAUUGCCCGCUUCGUCGCCGAUGGUUUUGAAAAGCAGUACAUGCAGACAGUCGGGCUCGACUUUUUCGAGAAGAAGCUCCAGUUCCCGCGCGACCAGCGGGUGGUUCUCGAGGUCUGGGACAUUGGCGGGCAAAACAUGACGAGCAAGAUGCUCGACAAGUACCUCUUUGGCGCCACCGUCAUCUUCCUUUGCUACGACGUGACGGACGCCAAGUCUUUUGCCGACCUCGACGACUGGCUGCAUGUCGUGCCGACGAGUUCAAAGCGAUUGUGUGUCUACCUCGUCGGCAACAAGAUCGAUCUGCGCCAUCUCCGCGUCGUGUCGCUGGACGCGCACAACGCCUUUGUGAAAAAGCAUGCGCUCCACGGCGGCUUUCUCCUCUCGGCGCAGAGCGGCGACAACGUGCUUCGCAGUGUGCACCAGAUAGCUGCGCGCGCGAUUGGUGUCGAGCUCAGCGAGUACGAGCUGCAGUUCUACGAUGCGCCCGUGGUCGCAACCGUCGUCGACACGGCCGACCACCGGACAGCGAUCGCCGACGCCAUCGAAGCCGAAGACCUCCGCCUCGAAGAAGCCAAACAGAAGAAGAGAGCAAAGCGAGCAAACUGUGCGAUCAUGUAA